ACUGUGACCGUCUGUCUCCGGUAUAAAACUCCGAGUCUAUGUGUGUUUGUGCAUGACUGUCUCCGCAGGUGUAACUGUGUUAUUGUGUAUGGGUUUGUGAGAGAUUGCGGGUGUGACUCUGUGUGUGUGUGUGUCGCUGUGUGGGUGUGUGUGUGACUGUGUUUGACCCCUUGUCCCUGUGGAUAUAACUGCGUUUGAAUGUGUGUGACAGAAGGUGUCAUUACGUGCCCAUGACCAUCUAUAUCUGCAGGCAUAAUUUUUGUGUAAUUGUGACAGGAUGUGUGACUUUGUGUGGUAUGUCACUAUGCAUGAGAUUGUGUGUGACUGUCUCUCUGUUGGAGUAACUGUGUAUCGUCAUCUCUAUCUUUGUGUUAAUACCAGUGUGUAUGUAUGUGACAUUACAGUCGCAAUUAUGUGACCAUAUAUAUGUGUGUGAUUGGGUGAGAAUUUGUAUGUGUAUGUCAGACCUAGUGUGUGAUUGUGAGACACAGAAAGAUUAAAAUUACUCACCCACAUUCACACAGUUACUAAAUGACAGAAUCAGGACUUAAGCCCAGGCAAUUUGGCUCCAGAGGCCUUGCUUUUAAUUGCUAAACCCUCUUGAUCUUUCCCAUGCUGUGAGGGUGAAAAAUGGGGGCCCUGAGUUCUGAGGGUGUUGGAGAGUAUUGUCUGUGGUCUUGGACUAGGACCCUUCUGGACAUAGAACUUAACCUGUGUCUCUUUGUUUAGUCCCCUUGUGAGUAACAGAACCCAAUCUAAAGACACUGUGGUGAAACCAUCCUCAUAUUGGCUGCUUUUGGGGGAGGAAAGCCCAACCUGAAAGCCCAGUCUUCCUCUCCUUAGGCCAUGGAGUUUGAGAUUUUAGGUUUGUCCUUGUCAAAACUCUUCCAUGUUUGGUGCUGAGAGAGGCUGAUCCAUGGCUCUUUUUCUCACAUACCAAGUGAACUAAGUGUUUGGUUCUGACUUCACGUAAUAAAGAAAAAUGCUCUCAUUUCCUUUUCAACUGUGUGUGUAAAAUCUAAGUGGCAAUAAGGGUGGCACUUCUCUAUGCCAGGAGUUGGCUCAAGCAAUCUUGACAGUGAGGAAAGGUUCUGACAGUUGGGUUGAUUUGCCCAAGGUCACGUAGCCAAUGAGGAAAGGAAUGGAGAGUCAGUGUGUGUCUGGGGGUCUAUAUAAAGCACAAGUCUUUCACAGCACCUUUCAGUGACUGAUGGUUCAUCUCAAACUUGAAAAGUAUUAUUCAAAUGAUACACAGCGAUUUGAAACAGCAAUUUAAAAGCUAUUUUUUUUAUGCAGGUACUACUUAGAGCUCCCAGGUGCUGAGAAGACUUCACUGAUUCUCCUCUUGGGUUGCAAAGGCUUUUAUAAACAAAUUCAAGCUGCAUUACACUAAGGAAAUAAUUUUCUUACAGAUUGAGUUGGUUAGUGCAGAGUAGCCCAGAAUUAGGGGGUUGUAUAUCUUAAAUUCUAAGUCAAACACAACUAUCUUUGUUUUCAGUGUGAAGAAAUGUUGGCUCUGAGAAGACAAGGAACUUGUUUCAGGCUGUGCAGUUUCUUGUUGGUUUGGUAUUGAAAUUUGUCAAUGUUUGCCUCAGGCUGAAUUUCUGUGGAGUAAUAGAGGACUUUGUUCUCCAAAAGAGAAAAUUGAAGAAGGAAGGAAGAAUGGCUGUUGGACUAUGUAAAUCCAUGUCCCAGGGUUUGGUGACCUUCAGGGAUGUGGCUCUAAAUUUUUCCCAAGAGGAGUGGGAAUGGCUGGACUCAUCUCAGAAGGAUUUGUACAGAGAUGUCAUGUUGGAGAACUACAGGAACUUGGUAUGGCUUGGACUUUCCAUUUCUAAGCCCAACAUGAUCUCCUUAUUGGAGCAAGGGAAGGAUCCUUGCAUGGUGGAGAGAGAGAUGUCAGAUGGUCAAUAUGCAGAAUGGGACUCUUUGUAUGAAAUCAAGGCAUUAUCUCCAAAAUGGUACAUUGAUGAAGAGGAAAUAUCCCAGGGGAUGAUAAUGGAAAGACUUACAAGUUAUGGCCUUGAAUCCUCCAGUUUCAGAGAAGCCUGGAAAUAUAAGGGUGAAUUUGAGCAGCAUCAGGGAAAUCAGGAGAGUCAUUUCAGGCAAGUGACAACUCUUAAGGAAGUCUCUGCCAUGAAAAGAGACAAUGAAUAUAAUAAUUCUGAGAUAAAUGUUCUCUUGAACUCAGUACUUUUAACACAACAGAGAGUUCCCACAGUAGAACAAGUACAUAAAUUUGAUAUUUAUGAUAAAAUGUUCCCCCCAAAUUCAGUUCUAACUGAACAUAAAGGACUACAUGCUGAGAAGGAAUCUUUGAUAGGUAAUGAAUGUGAAGAAUUCAACCAGAAUACAUACCUUAGUAAAGAUGCAGAAAUUCCUCCUGGGGAGAAACAUUACGAAAGUAAUGAUUUUUCAGAUCUCUUAAGUUUCCACUCAUUACUUACUCAACAUCACACAACUCAUCUUGGAAAAUUAUCCCAUGGAUACGUUGAAUGUGGUGCUGCCUUUAGCUGUUAUUCAUUCUUUACUCAACCUCAGAGAAUUCACAGUAGAGAGAAACCAUAUGCAUGCAAUGACUGUGGAAAAGCCUUUAGCCAUGACUUCUUUCUCAGUGAGCAUCAGAGAGCUCAUACUGGGGAGAAACCAUAUGAAUGUAAGGAAUGUAACAAAGCUUUUAGACAGAGUGCACACCUUGCUCAACAUCAGAGAAUUCACACUGGAGAGAAACCCUUUGCAUGCAAUGAAUGUGGGAAGGCCUUUAGCCGUUAUGCCUUCCUUGUGGAACAUCAGAGAAUUCACACAGGAGAGAAACCAUAUGAAUGUAAGGAAUGUAACAAAGCCUUCAGACAGAGUGCACACCUUAAUCAACAUCAGAGAAUUCACACUGGAGAGAAACCCUAUGAAUGUAAUCAAUGUGGAAAAGCCUUCAGCAGACGCAUAGCCCUUACUCUGCAUCAAAGAAUUCACACAGGAGAGAAACCCUUUAAAUGUAAUGAAUGUGGAAAGACUUUUGGCUAUCGCUCACACCUUAAUCAACAUCAGAGAAUUCACACUGGUGAAAAGCCCUAUGAGUGCAUCAAAUGUGGGAAGUUUUUUAGGACUGACUCACAACUUAAUCGACAUCAUAGAAUUCAUACUGGAGAGAGACCUUUUGAAUGCAGUAAAUGUGGGAAAGCCUUCAGUGAUGCUUUAGUUCUAAUUCAUCAUAAGAGAAGUCAUGCAGGAGAGAAACCCUAUGAAUGUAACAAAUGUGGGAAGGCCUUCAGUUGUGGCUCAUACCUUAAUCAACAUCAGAGAAUUCAUACUGGAGAGAAACCUUAUGAAUGUAAUGAAUGUGGGAAGGCUUUCCAUCAGAUCUUGUCCCUUAGGCUACACCAGAGAAUUCAUGCUGGAGAAAAACCCUAUAACUGCAAUGAAUGUGGGAACAAUUUUAGCUGUGCUUCAGCUCUUCGACGACAUCAGAAAAUUCAUAAUAGAGAAGCUCUCUGAUUAUGUAUAACAAGUAUAAGAAAGAAAACAUUUAGUCACCAUUCAGUCCUUAUUAAAUAAAUAUCAGUGAGUUCUUCAGUUAGUAAUUCUAUGAACGUAGUACCUAUGGAGAAGCCUUCGGUUCAUGAGCAUCCCUUAUUUGAAAUAGCCUGAGUAGUAGACAUCUGUUACUUUUGGAUCUGUUCUGUACCCUAUUUGAGACUUAUCUCACCCUCAAUGCAUAUCAUUCUGAUGAAAUUGUUUAAUCAGGAAGAGCAGUAGAUUGGUCAUAGGCAGGCCAAUUAUUUUCUUCAACCUCAUGAUAGAUAAGGGAUUUACAAAUGGCCCUGUCUAGACCAGUAGAGUCCUAGGGGGUCAUUGUUAUGGGUAGUAAGAAAAGAUUUUUUUUCCCCACCCCAGAAUUGCAAGUUUCAAGGAUUUAGUAAGGUUAAAAACUCACCAGUAGCCUUUUUGCCACCACAUGAAGAAAGCCUUCCCAGGAUAAAUCUAACACAAAGGAAAACUGAGGUCAGAGACAGAAAUCUGAGGAUGUUUGAUCUUCUGGAUCCAAUCAUGUCUGAAGUUUACACCAUCUUUUACUUUUUCAUUUUUGUGAUCCAAUAAAUUUUCUUUUUUCUGCUUAUGUUAAUUUGACUUGGGUUUUUGCCUCUUGGAAUCAGAGUCAUGACUCAUACACCCCAUGUUGGCUACACAUGUGAGAAAGCCUUAAUCUUUUAUAUGGCAUAAUUGUUUAUCCUGAGGAUAAGCCUCAUAACAAGUAUAUGAAAGUUAAAUACACAGCCUUCAUAAAGCUGAAAGAAUUGUUACAUUUUAUUUGUUGAUAAAAACUAAUUUAAUAUUCAUUAGUCUGUUUCACAAUAAGGAAGAAUUUUUAAAAAUUCACUUAGUGAAACUUAUUACCAGGCUUUCUCAUAGGGAAUUAAAAUCAUUUGUGGCAGUGACUCACUAUAGACCUUUAAAGAAAGAUUGGCCAGCUAAGAGAAUAAUGGAUCCAUCAGUUUAAUGAAUGGCUCUUCAUCUUAAAGGAAUUAUUUGAUUUUCUACUUUCAGCGUGGGUUUAAACAUAUCAUGUGAUAGAAUAAGAUAGAAUUGUAAAUGAGGUCUUUUGUGGGUGGGUUGUAAACUUGGUUUAAGAAGUUUAUAGAUAACUUCUUUGGAACGAGACAUAUUAGACAAGACAUUGCUGGCAGACAAAAAGAAUGAGCCAUUUUCAACUAAUGGUUAAAGUAAAGCAGUUGGAGCCUAAAAUUUUUAGAGUAUAACUCAUUACUAUUCAGAGUAAUGAGGAACAGGAGGGUGUGGGGCAGUAUGUUCCUGUUUUAUCUGAGUGUAUAUACGAAGGUAAACUUUAAUAUGGAGACGUUGCCACUUUGAACAGUUAGAACCAGUUAUAAUCUUGGGCAUUGUCUGGAGAGCAUCUAUAAAAACAGAUCAGGACAAAUGAAUUAUGAAAAAGUGAAGGAUUUACAUGUGUAUAUAUGUGCGUGGAGCAAAACAAUGACUACUAAUAUAAUUUCUUUAAUAGUCAAUUUAUACUUAUAUCUAAUAAAAAUCUGAAAAUUAUUUUUCUUAAAUAUUAAGACAAAUUCCCUUUGAACAACUUAAAUUACAGACCUAGUAUAAUUGAAUACUUCAAACCUUGAGCAGAAACAAAUAUAAUCGUUUUAAAACACUGCCAAACUUGCAUUAUAUCUAAUCUAAAAUAUAUUAAUAAUCGUAAGCGAAAUUCAUGUAAUCAUCUCUUUAUUCUCAUAUUUUCUGGAGGUAUAGGAACACUUAUUUGAAUAUGUUCUAAGGGUUUAGUUACAACUUACAUCAGAAAGCUCCUCAGGAUUACUCUGAACUUACUAAGCUUAAAGGAAGAAAAAUAAUGACUCAGACCAGUGAUGAGUCUGAGUUGUUCACUAAUUGAUUCUUGAUCUAAGUAUGGCACCUGAUUUCUUCCUCCAAGGUGAUAUAAACCCAAGCCACUGAUUCUGUUUUUACAGUUAAACUUCACUUCUAAUGUUGAUAAAACCUGUUACACCCAUGCCUUUAGCACAGGUGUUUGUACUUUACAAUCUGAUGUUUCUCCUCAUAAUGAGGUACCUAAAUUUUGUUUAUCUGCAACUAUACAAUCCAUUGUCUUAUUGUGAUAUAUUGACUUGAUCUUUUAGCAUUAUAACUCAUGCUUUAUUAGUAUGUUAUAGAUAUUAGGACCAGCUAGAGAUUUCCUAUCCUAAGAGAUAAGAGUUUGAGUCUGUUUAGUUAAUUAUCUUUAGGACAUGAACUAAUCCAUUUAGGACUCACUGGUUAAACCUUUUCCACUUGGUUGAGUGUGAUCAAUGGCAAUGAAUUUUUGGAUUUCUUUUUUAAUCUGGUUAUUGUGCUGACGUAUCUUUCUGCCUUGUUACAGUUUAUGCAGUUUUUUGCUUGUCAUACAGAAGAGUUUUCUUUAUUUACUCUUGCUUAAGUAGAAGGUUUGUAUUUGUGUGUUUAUGUGUAUGUGUUUUGUUUAAAAUUUUUGUAUUGAGCACCUACUCUGUUGCAGGCUUUGUUCUAAUCCAGGCUUUGGAGGUAACAGUUGUGAGUUAAACAGACAAAAAUCCUUGCCUUCAUAGAGCUAAUUUCUAGUGAAGAAGAUAGACAAUAAAAAAUAUAUAUAAGUAAAACAUAUACUAUGUAAGAGUAACUUCUAAGGAGAAAAAGAUGAAGGAAGAGCUGGGUGACCAGGUUGAUAUUUUAGAUUGUGUGGCCAGUGAAGGCCUCUUUUGAAGUUAACUUUUGAUUAAAGACCUGGGAGAGAUAAGAGAUCUGUCUAUUCAUGCUACAUAUAUACACACAUACACGUACACACAUAUACACAUGUAUAGCCCUUAUCUACCUAACGGAAAGGAAAUGCAUAUAUGUAUAUGUAUGUGUGUGUAUAUAUAUGUUUUAUACUUUGUUCUUACUAAAUUCUUUCUCAUUUUAUUAUGCCUUUGUAUUUGUGUAUUGCAUUUUAACAUUUUUCCUUUUAGUCAUGAACUCAUGGCCUUCUACAGUCUUAACACAUUUUAAUUAUAAUGUAUAUAUAUAUUUUGAUGCGCAAAUUAUCAGAAUUUAGCCAUUGGGGCCACUUUAAGCUAACUCCUUGCUCCCUUCAGCACUGCUGCCCUGACAUCUCUGCAAGCAACUUUACUUUCUGGCAAUAAAAGGAUAUUCCAGACCCAUCCUAAAUGUUUUCUGUCCGAAGUCAUGAAGUUAGCCACCUUCCAAGGAAUUUAGGGAGGGAGAAAACAGGCAUAUACUUUUGAAAUGAGACAGGCUGGGACCUGGAACCUGGCACCCUUUGCUACAGUGCGUGCACCUGGACAAAUGUCUCUUGGAGAAACAGAGUACAAAAAAACUAUAUAGGACUAAAAAUAACUGCAUGCAUGCGCAGUUGGGGCAAAUUAUGAACAAGAUACAAAAAGACCAAAAACCCAAGUGCCACUUUUGAGGUGUCGAGGGCAAAAUCAGGGUACUGCAUAUAAUCCCUGCACACAGCACCGCCAAGGAGGUGGGCCGACCACCUAAGCCACCCUUCCAGCCUGACCCUCACCCCAUUUAGGGAUCAGCUCACACCCCCACGCACACACCAAGAGUGAGCAAGGGCAUCUGUUACUUGUUUUCGCUCCCUUGUGCUGCAGCAUGAGUCCCAAUAAAGACCUGCCUGAAUUUCUCAUCUGGCCUCAUAGCAAUUUCUAUUGAUUAAGGAGUCCAAGAACCUUGGUCAGGAACAGAAAGAGGUUAUGAAAUCAGAAAUAGAAGUUUUCAAAUAAUUUUCCUCAGCAAAAGGUCUUGCUAGAUGGAUUUGGGGGCCUGAGAAAGAGUGUAAAGUAAGAUUGCAUUUUCCUUAUAUACUAUAUUUUCUAUUGUUCCUCUUGCCCAAGAAGAAAAAGAUGACCCACAGUAGAGCUCAUUUUAAUAAGAAAUAUAUAUUAAUUACUCUAUAAAACUUGAAGUUGUUUUAGGAUUUGUGAAUAUUGUUUCAAUAACAUUGUUAAAAAACAACCAUUUGAAACUUGAUAAUUUAAAAUUGCCUCGAUUGAUGUAAAUGAGUCGAAAGGAAAUGUGGCUAAGCUUCUUCAGGUGUGUUAAAAUUCCACUUGCUCUCUUCCUCCUAAUACAAGGUUUUCUUUCUUUUUAAAAGUAUUUCAGACAUCUCUUCCUGAGCAAAUGCAAAAGUUUUUGUGAUAUAUUGAUAGAAGUAAAUUUUCCAUGGAGUCCUGUACCCUUUUAGCAGUUACUGUAUUUGGAUGCUAGGACUGCACAUGAAUUGGGGGCAAAUUUGCUGCUAUUGUGACUGGGUCCCUUUUAGAGACAGCUGGAAAAAAUGUUUCCUUUUUAGAGCAUCAUUUCAUAUUGAUUCUAGUUCUUAGAAUAUUUGCCGUACCCUACUUUAUUCACAGAGCUCAGGACAGGGAGACAAUAAUAGAGAAAAGCAGAUUGCUUGAAGCCAUGAGUUGAGGCUACUUUAGUGACAGAAGAAUGAGUCACUUUCCUGGUCAGCUUUCUUAAGGCAUUUUUGUGGGGGAAUUUCUCACAUGUUCUUCCAGAAAGAGUAGUGGAAGUAUCCACUCUUGAUUAUUGGCACAUGUAUAGUUGUUGGCAUUAGACCUUCACAUGGAUGUCAGGUCUUUUAGUUGGGAGAACCUGAAAAGGUGAUUAUACUUCUUUCAGACUCAGUUUGGUUAUCUGUAAAGUUAAAAUAAUUACAGCCUUCCAUGUUUUUGUGAGGAUUACUUGACUGUAAUAUAUGUAAACAGUUAACAUGGCAAUUAUUAAUGAUGAAAUUAAGUAGGAAGUUGAAUUGCAUGCCUGAGAGCCAGCUGCUUAUAUGAGACAGAAUUGCAAAUUCUGCCCCUGUGUCCUGUUUCCCAGUGUAUGGAGUCUCAGACAGCCGUGCUCCUAGCCCUUCUUUCUGAUCCUGGAGAGGGAACUGCAGUUCCAGAGUCUCUUCGGAGCUCCCUGUUGGGAUAUAUGGGGCUGUUAGGACUCUGCCUUCUAUUAAAAUAGAGGCCAGGAAGUGUAUGGCUCUUGGUUUUUAAAUUUUGCAUUUAUAUUUUUGGACCUCAAUUCCUAGUAUAUUACCAAAAUUGUUUAGUCUAACACUCAUUUCUUGGUUCUUCCCCCUGUCGUUCCCAAUUCCUAAUCUCCCCCAUGGGCACAUACACAGCUGUGUUUGGUAUGCAUCCUUAAAUGUGUAUAUAUCCCCUAUCAAAUAAGUCAUGUUGUGUGUUUGAAAUUUAUAUUAUUGGUGUUAUGCUAUAAAAGUGUCACUUUUUUCUACUCAGUACCAUAUUUUGGAUUGAUCGUGUUCUGUGCACAGUGCUGUUAUGCUAUUCAGUACUUCUAACAUUUGCAUAGUAAUUCAUAGUAAAUGUUUACUACUUUUAAUUUAUUCAUUUCUGCAUACAACUCCUGGCUGGCACAAAGAACAUCCUGGUAUGUGUCCCCUUGUGGACCUGAACUAGGUUAGACUAAUUGCUGUAGAAUAUUGUGCAAAGGAUUUUUUUGCACAAUGUUAUAAGGUACAACCAGAUUACUUUCUAAAAUGGCUGCAACUAUUUACAUUCUCCCCAAGAGCACCUCUGUGUCCUUGUAAACACUUGAUAAGUUUUAUCUUCCUUGAAUGUUUUAGUUUGCAUUAUUGUUAUUGACUACUGGUGAGUUGAAGCUUAUAUCUCUAUACUUCCUCAUCAUUUGGACCUUCUAUCAAGUGGGUCUUUAUUUUUUUAGCCAUGUUUAUCUCUUAUCAAAUAGGCCAUCAAAUCUAUUUACAAAAGUUUAGUUAAAAUGUACUUUUAAGUCCAUCUGGGCUUUAGGCUUUUUCUUCUUUUGAGGGGAUGUUUCUAUACUAUUUCAGUGUGUCAGAUUUAUUCAAAUUUUGUUUCUUGUGCCAACUUUGGUAUUUUAUAUUUUCUAGAAAUGUAUUAAUUUUGUUUAGGUUGUCAAACUUGUUUGCAAGUAGUCAUUCAUAAGAUUCUUUUAUAAUUAUUCUAACUUCAUUUGGAUUCUUACUCAUUUUUUCAUUUACAUCUUUGCUCUUUUAUUUUUAUCAGCUUUGACAGAGGUUUACCUAACUUAUUGAUCAUUGAUUUUCAAAAAACCUAUCUCUUGGUUUUAUUAUCCUUUUCUCUUAUUUUUCCUAAUUCUUUAUUGAUUUCUUCUGCCCUUUAUGUUUGUCAUUUAAUUCUUUUUUGAGUGUGCUCUGUCCUCUUAAUCUACAUUUUUGUGGUUUUAAAAAAAAUCUUUAUUGGAGUAUAAUUGCUUUACAAUGGUGUGUUAGUUUCUGCUUUAUAACAAAGUGAAUCAGCUAUAUAUAUAUAUAUAUAUAUAUAUAUAUAUAUAU